AUGCAGCCACCCUUGGUCCGCGGCGGGAGCGCGCGUCUUCACCGCCAUCACCGCCACAGCGCCGGCGAGGUGACCGAGUCCACGUCGCCGCGCGUCGAGAUCAAGCCGCGCAAGCUGAGCCAUAUCCAGGUGGUCAAGAUGGGCAACACGAGCGCGCGGGCGAUCGGCAUUCUCAACGCGCCGCCCGUGACCAGUGGCAAGAUGGUGCCGCUGACGCCGGAGGGCGAGGCCAUUGCUACCGACAUCACCGAGGAGCUGCGGUCGGCAGCUCCCAACAUUGGCCGGGACGUGAUCGCGCUCUCGACUACCGCGACGCCCGUCCAAGUGUCGAUGAGUCCCCAAGAAGAGAUGCUCAACCACGUGCAUCUGGAGAAGGCGCUCAAGAACCAAGCGACGGACGACAUGCAAAAGACGUUUGUCAAAGAGCUGCUUGCGAGCGGCGGCCAAUUGAACCGGCACAACACCAUGGCCGAGACCAAGCCCCACUGGUUCAUCGCGCACCCGCACGGCAAGGUCCGCCUGCGCUGGGACGUCAUGUGCAUCGUCCUCAUCUUCUACAACGCCAUCAUCAUUCCGUUUCAAGCUGCGUUUCAAGCCGACGGCUCGGGCACCGUGCUUGACAGCGAAGUCAACUACGUGAUCGACUCGAUCUUUGGCUUGGACAUUUUGUCCAACUUUUUCACGGGCGUCGACAUCAAGGGCAAAGUGCACUUUCGGCUCAAGUUGAUUGCCAAAAAAUACGUAUUUUCGUGGUUCAUCGUCGACUUCCUCUCGACGUUUCCGUUCACGGCCGUCGUGAGCGGGUCCGACCCGACGAUCCGCCGCGCGCUCAAGCUCUUCCGACUCAUCCGGCUCCUUCGGCUCUUCCGCAUGCUCCGCAUUCUCAACCGCCUCCAGCACGCGCUCCUCAUUCGGUCGACGAUCAGCAGCCUCUUCCGCUACUGCCUCACGGUCGUCUUCAUCUCGCAUUGGUUUGCGUGCUACUUCUUCUGGGUCUCGUACCAAGACUCGAUGUACGAGAUCCCGCCCAUCAACACGUGGCUCAAGGAGAAGAACUUGCUGCGCACGACCAUGUGGGACCAGUACAUCGCCGCGCUCUACUGGGCCGUCAUGACACUCGCCACGGUCGGCUACGGCGACGUUUCGGGCAUUAGCCCCAACGAACGCUGCUUUGCGAUCGUGGCCAUGUUUGCGGGCGCCGGCAUCUUUGCCUACGGCAUCACCAACAUCGUGUCGCUCGUCUCGAGCUUGACGGCCCACGAGACGGCGUUUCGCGAAAAGAUGGACGAAAUCAACGAGUACAUGGCCGCGCGGGACUUGCCUCGGCCGCUGCGGAUGGAGAUCCGCGACUUCUUCCAGAACGCGCGCAAGAGCAAGGAGAACGACAUGCUGCAGGAGCAAGAGCUCUUGAACGAGCUCUCGGCGAUGCUGCGCUCCAAGAUUGCGCUCGCGAUCAACGACCAUUUCCUGUGGAAGUUCCCAUUUUUCAAGGGCAGCGACCCGAACUUCAUCAUGGACCUCGCGCUGAGUAUGCGCAUGAUCUGCUUCGCGCCGUUCGAGGACGUGUGCGUCGAGGGCGAGCUCGGCCACGAGAUGUUCUUCGUCUUCCGCGGCGCUGUCGAAGUCCUCAAGGACAAUGUGCAAAUCACGGUCCUUGGCGAGAACCAGUACUUUGGUACGUAUAACCCUCUGUUACAUUAUCAAGUACGGCUCGUGUAGGCGAAAUGGCCAUUCUGAACCGCGACUGCAAGCGCAUGGCCACCGUGCGCACGCUCUGCUUUUGCGAGCUGCGCAUGCUCUCCCGCGUCCGGUUCCUCGAAGCGCUGGUGCACUUUCCAAAGAUGAUGGAGAAGCUCGCCAACUACUCGAAAGCCCGCGCGAAUGGCAUGACGCAGGGCGGCGCGUUUGGCCUCUCAAAACCCGACUCGGAGGGCAGCUCGGGGCGCGCGGUGCGCCGCAAGUCGUCGGUCAACCCGCGCAAGGCGGCGGGGUACCGCCUCAAUUGGCGCAACCCGCGCACGAGCGACCCGACGCUCGGCGACUCGAACGCGACCGAGACCAUCGUGCAGCUGGACCACAUCAAGCGCGUCCAAGACCUCCUGUCGACCAAGGUCCGCGAAAUGCACGCCAUGGUGGACGCGAUGACCGACCCAAGCAUUCAAUAGCCCCAUCGAUAUACAUACAUAGAUACUGUAUCGACAAUAUACUCCAUUAUGAUGUGUU